UGCACCAAACGGCUGGUCAAAAUCAAAUGAACCCCAAAUCCGACCAGACAGAGAACAACGAGGGAGGUGGUGAUAGACUUGUUCGGACGACGAGACCGAGACAACAGAGAGAGAGAGAGAGAGAGAGAGAGAGAAAACAGAGAAAGAAUCAGAAGAUUUAUAAGAGGAGGAGAGAGACAAAAGAUGGAGAUGAAGAACACAGGAACCGUCUUUUUCGUAUCUCUCUCGAUCUUCUCCGUAAUCAAUCAAAAUGGCUCUGAUUUUCUCCUUUGUUAAUUUUCAAUUUAACCACCUUUCUGAAUCCAAUUUUUCUCAGGUAUGGAGGAAAGACUAAAUAAUAACGCGUCCUUGAUUUCACGUAUUCAACAGUUGGAACAAGAACGUGAUGCACUGCACAAAGAUAUUGAGCAAUUGUGCAUGCAGCAAUCUGGUCCUGGGUUUCUUGCCAUAGCUACGCGAUUACAUUUCCAAAGGACAGCUGGCUUGGAGCAGGAGAUCGAGAACUUGAGGAAGAAGUUACUUGCUUGCACAAGAGAUAAUCAUAAUCUUCAGGAGGAACUUUCAGAAGUUUACAAGAUCAAAAACCAGUUGGCAGAUCUACACAGUGCAGAGGCCUCGAAGCAUUUAGAAGCUGAGAAGCAGCUUAAAUUUUUCCAAGGUUGUGUAGCUUCUGCAUUUGCUGAAAGGGAUCACUCUGUAAUGGAGGCUGAGAAGGCAAAGGAAACAGAGGAAGCCAUGCUGCAGAAACUAAAUGACUUGCAAGAGAGAGUACAGGAGCUUACUUCAGAGGAUCUUGAAGAAAAAAAACGUCAUACAGACCUGCAAAUUGAGUCAGUGAAGCUAAAAGAGCAGAAUGAACUUCUUAAGCAGGUUAUUGACAAGUUCUUUGAGAUUCGUCAAAGCUCUCUUGGGGUUCUUGAUGAUUGUGACUUCGAAAAUAAAUGCGAAUAUCUUUUGCGAGAUGAUCCAGAGAUGUGGAGUUUUGAUGAAGAUAAGGAAGCCUCCACCUCUAGUUACAUUGUUAUGUUAGAAAAAGAGCUGGAAUCAUUGAACAUUUCUGUGGGUAGUCUCCGAAAUCAAGCUGCAAUGGGAUUGGAUAUUGAAGAUCAUCUGAAAAAGAAAGUUUGUGAAUUGGAAAAAGAGAAGACCCUCUUAUAUGAUGCUAUAAAGAGUCAGAUACUGGAGUUGCGUCAUUUCCAUACUCAGAACAGAUUUGAAGUCACGAGUUUCCUUGAGCAAGAGAAAAAUCAGUUCAAUUCAAUACUUGAUGCAGUACAAGAGAGGAUACAGUUCCAGGCUAGCUUGAUGAAAAGUUCUGAGCACGAACAGACAGUAGCAAAGUUAGAUGACUUGGAAUGUCGUGAUGUUCAUAUAACUACGGAUACCGGUUUGGUUCCUCAGAGUCCGCCUGCCUUACCAAAAGCUCUGGGUGAUGAAGUGGGUGACACCUCAGAUAACCUUGCACAGGCACUGCAAGAAAAGGUUAGUGCAUUGUUGCUUCUGUCUCAGCAAGAUGAAAAACAGUUAUUGGAGAGGAAUGUCAAUGCAGCUCUACAAGAAAAGAUGGAUGAGCUGCAAAAGAACUUACUACAGGUGACAAACGAGAAGGUGAAAGCUCUUCUGGAGUUGGCACAACUAAGGCAGGAGUAUCAAGUACUGCAAGAAGACAUCAUUCAUGAAAGGAAACAAGGAAAUCAUUUAGCUGAUACUGGGGAAAAAAACAUUUCUACCCAGGAAAGAGAGGUGGGAAAAUUGACAAACCUGCUGAGGAAAACAUAUCUUAGUCGUUGGGUGGGGAGACAAGACCCGAAUGAAUCCGGUGGUCAGACGAUCAAUAAGUCCAAUAAUUCCGUAGAUUAUGCAAGGUUGAGGGUUGAAAAUGCAACUCUUAAAGAAAGCAUAGAAACUAUGGAGCACUUAACGUCUUCGAUACACAGGCUCCGUCUAUCACUUGUUAAGGCUAAAGAUUCUUCAAUAUCGCUAGACCCAGUAACGGAUUCUAUUCAAGCUCUAAACGAUAUUAUCAACGAGGCGAAACUUAUUAAAACAGCUCUCGGAAGUUCGCUACCUGUUAGUUGGUCAAGCGAGGCUGAAAAUGGAACUGACAUAUCUGAAAGCAGCACAGAUACCAGCAGUGAGAGACCUGACUUUGUCUCUACUUCUGGAUUGGAGAUGGUUGAGCUCUUAAUACUGGCAGCUCAAACUCUAGUAGCAAACGUUAAUCUGUUGUCAGUUUUACCACCCCAACAGGAAUAAACCUUGUAAAUAAACAAUGUGCAUAGUUUAAUUUACACUGAUUCUGCACUGUUCAUAUGCAAGUGUUUAACAAGAUUAUGUACAUUCACCUCCAAAGAUCAAUCAAGUUUAUAUUCUUGGAGAA